AUGAUGAUUGUGAUGAUGAUUGUGAUUGAUUGUGAUCAUCAUUAUGAUGAUUAUGAUCACGACUAUGAUUGUGAUUAUGAUCAUGACGAUUAUGAUUAUGAUGAUGACGAUCACGAUGAUUAUGAU